UCAUGUUUUCCAUGAAAAAACUUUUGUGUAUCACAACAACUAUAUAUUUUUUCACUAUAUACCCUAGUUCUUUGCACACAAUUAAAAUAUGUUUCUCUCACCAUUUCCAUGAAUAUUCCAACACACAACAAUUAUAUUCAAUAACAUCAGCAUACCCUUCAAAAUUUCAAACCAGUUGAUACCCAUAAACCAGCCAAAAAAAGAAAAAAAAAAUAUCAGCAUCGCUAUAGAUUGUUCUAUUUAAGACUACUCCCUUAAAUAAGAUAAACAUGAAGCCAUACACAAUAUAUUUAUAAAUAAAAAUUAAUAUCUGAAUAAAAAUGGCACCUAUUAAUUAUUAUUAUCAAGAUUCUUAAUUUAAAACCAAUCAGAAAUGUGGUGAAGGCCACCAUUGAAGUACCAAGAGUAGGAGAAGUAAACUUCCACUGCACCCACCUUGACCAUCUUGAUGAGAACUGGAGAAUGAAGCAGAUAAACUCAAUACUUGACCACAACGACGGGCCUCAUAUUUUGGUUGGAGGACUGAAUGCUCUUGAUGAAACCGAUUACUCUGAAGAUAGAUGGGCUGAUAUACUUAAGUACCAUAAAGAGAUUGGUAAACCAGAACCAAAGGUUGAAGUGAUGAAGUUUCUAAAAUCAAAGCAUUAUGUGGACGCCAAGAAUUUUGCUGGAGAAUGUGAAGCAGUUGUUGUAUUGGCUAAAGGACAGGAUGUGCAAGGGACAUGCAAGUAUGGUACAAGAGUGGAUUACAUAUUGGCAUCACCGACCUCGAUGUAUAAAUUUGUGUCUGGUUCUUAUGAAGUUCUUUCAUCGAAGGGCACGUCAGAUCAUCACAUUGUGAAGGUUGAUGUAGUGAUUGAUAAAAACGUUAGUGUGAAGGAGGAGAAGAGCAGACAAAGGAAGCAAAGAGAUUUAAAGAUAGAAACGGAUAAAUCUAAAGGUUUUUGGAAAAGUAAAUUAUGAUUUGUAAUGGAUUCAUAUAAAAGGUUUUGUACAUUGCUCUGAUAUCACUAAUAAUGUCUAUAUUGACCUCCACAUUUGCUCCUUUUAGCAAUGUGAUCAAAUGCGUCGGAGACAACGAACAACAAUUGUCGCACCAAAUGAAAUUAACUAAACAUUGCUCAACCUGCAAAACAUUUAGCACAUGCAUGUCAGGAGCUCUCAAAAUAACAUAAGGGGAUAACUCAAUCAACAUGAAGGCUAUCGUGCUCAAUGUCACACAAAACAGAGUUGAAUCUCUUUAAAAAUGUCUUAGUACAAAAUGGAGCAUGUCACCAUAUUUGAGAUGUUUAAAGUGCACUUGGAAGGCUUUUCAUUGAAGACGAUAAACAAUGAAUGUGACGACUCCCAAAUUGAUGCCAAUUCAGUACAAACACUAUCAUGACAGCCCAAAAGAUGCUCAUUUAGUAAAAGGACUUCGUCUUCCCUUAUAGAAUGUAAAAAACUACCAAAAGAGACUUCUCAUAGUCAAUUCAUGUGA